AUGUCCUCAUCUACGGAUACCCCAGCCAACACGAGGGGCGACGCGAAAUCGAGCAAAGAAGAAAACAAGCAGCCGCCCUCCGCCACUUGCACCCGGAUUGUGGCCUGGGGAACCACCACCGGCAAAUUAUACCUCGACGAUGCGCGCCUCGGCGACGCCAAGACGAGAAGCAACGUUUGGGAGCACCUCUUCGGGAAAGCUGGUGACAGGAACCAAGACCAGGACCAUGGAGGGCAGUCGGCAACGGUAGCAGAGAGACCGCCGACCGGAAAAGACAAAUAG